AUGCAGCCAUCGGACCUAGACUUUGUGACUUACCACGAAGACCAGGAAGUCCGCGAUAUUGUGAAUCAUCCCAUCCUGCAGCAAGCAAUCAAUCUGCUCGAUAGAUAUAAAGCUCUCGUUGACGACAAAAAGAGCUUUGUUCGACACAGAAACCCUGACCCCUAUGCGCUCCAUUGGAGUAAUUUCGAAGCGAAUCUACGAGAGGAAUUCCACCGCGGACCUUGCCUAGUGGUAGACGAAAACGAAGAGAAUGGCCCCGCCCCUUCUCUGAACUGGGUGGAUAUUAUUCGAGAGGCAGAGGAAAGCGAUCUGAUCCUUCAGGAUGAUGGCGCCUACCACUACAACUAUCGAGGACGACUCGUUCGGCUGUCUGAGCAUGAAAGAGGUUACGUCAUUCGGCUUCGAAACCUUCUGAAACCGUGGCCUCAUCCAGAGGAUAUGAAGAAGGAGAAUGAGGCUAUCGGAGCAGUGGUGGAAGAGUUGGGACAAUAUGAAAAUGCACUGAUGGCUGCAAUCGAAUGCAAGAGAAACAUCGCGAGAAGGCUCAACGAGCGCCGUGACAUGAUCAGUCGCUACCUGGAGCUUUUAUCCGGGCCUUCGGAAAUUCCUCAACCUAGGGGUUCUCCUUUGGUGUCCAGGCCCUUGGUAUCCAGGGAAAUUUCUCCCGUGAACUCCAUCGUACAAGACACGAGAGGCGACAUCGAAUUUGCGGUCUCUAGCGAUGACUCUUCUAGUACUGAUCAGAGUUCAGACGAAGACAUGGAAAUGCAGGACGCCCACCACGAGAGACCCGAAGAGCCCAGUAUGGACAUCUUACCGGAGGUUCUACCAGAUACACCACAGAGGGAAGAAACCCGAGAAACCGAAGUCACCCUACUGAAUGAGCCGACACUUACCAGCAGUCCACAAUUGUCAAUGGAAGAAUUGCUGGCCAGUGCCGCUGCAUUCUACGAGAGUGACGAGGCAGACUCUAGCAGUAUCAGCAGGCCAGUUGCCCAGAGACGGAGGCGGCACCCGCGAAUAUAUUCGACAGAAGAGGAAACCAAAAACGGCUACAAGUUUGUCAAAGACCAACAAGCUUCCAAGGCUACUUGGGAUCAGAUUACUGUGGAAUAUAACAGAGCAUUUGGGGUUGAUCGCACUAAACAAGGCUUGAAAUCAAUGGUUGAUCGUUGGAAGAGGAAAGCCGGCGACAAAAAACCACCGUCUGCAUCUCGCCGGGGAAACUGGGCUUCUCGAGGAUCUCGAUCGGGCCGCUCAUGGAGGAAAACCCUAAGUAGUCCUGGCCAGGGCCAGUCUAGUGCUGCAAGUUCACCACGAGGAGCUCAAGGGCCCCGAGAGACGAUUGGGUCAUCUAAUCCAGGUCCAAGUAUCACUAGCAACGCCUAG